AUGUUCCUAAUCCAUGCUUCCCUUUCUCACCCUUUUCCUUCUCUUCCAUCAUGGCCUUAAAAAUUUCUCAAGUAGUUCACAUUCUUCUGUGGCUGUCCCUGCUAUUAUUACUCUUUCAUCAGUAUUACAAUCUCAAGCUCAAGAUCAACAAGAAACAGAUCAUACAAGCUAGUCACUCAUUACCCUUUCAUCACCCUUUGAUCAGCAGAAAAAUUCUAGCAAGAAAAUUUGACUUCUCUCCUUUCUUUAAGCAUCAUCAUUAUCAUUAUAAUCACCCACCGGGUGUUGCAGUGCGUCAAGACCCUUCAUAUAAAGAGAUUGAUCCACGUUAUGGCGUUGAGAAGCGCCGUGUGCCAAGUGGUCCAAACCCAUUACACCAUUAA